AUGGACUCCAUCUACACUGGUGAUCUUCAUGUCAACCAGAAGAGCGUAUUUGAGGUUCUUCUCGCCGCUAGUCAGCUUCAAAUCGCGAGUGUUGUUCAACUGUGUUGUGAUUUCGUAAAGAAGGAAUUCACAGAAAACAGAAUUGACCUGAAGAACUACUCCGCGCUGUGUACAAUCGCCGAAAGACUUGGUCUGACAGAUCUGCAAGAGGCAGCAGAGGCCAAGAUGGCAUCCAUGUACAAAGAUGUUUGCGAAACUAAAGAAUUCCUGACUCACAUCAAUGGAGAUCAACUACUCAGCCCUCUUGGCCGAGACGACCUCAAUUCACCCUCCGAAACUUUCGUCUUCAAAUCAGCGAUGAACUAG